UUUUCAUUUAUUUUUUUACACCCUUUCUCUCUCUCUCUCUUGUUUGGUGAGUAACUACCCCUUUCUUUGAUCCCACAAAAAAUAUUGAAAUAAACAAGAAAAAAAAUACACCCUUUUGUUUAAAUCUUUAUUUUAUAAGUGCUGUGUUCCUUUACUUGAGUUUGCAUACCCUCCUCAUCUGUGUGUGUGUGUUUAUGUGUAAAGAUUAUUAUCUGGUGUUGAAGUUGCUUUUCUUGAAUCUUGUUUCUCCACCCAUUUUUAAAUAUAAACAACUCAAAAAUUCAACUUUAAUUGAGUGUUUGGGCCUCUUUCUACCUCACAUCCAUCUUCUUUCUGUUUCCUACACACAUUCUUGAAUCUUGAUGUCAUAUUGUUUGAAAAUUUCAUAGCUUUUUUUUUUUUUUUUUUUUAAUCUCAAAUUUUAGUUUCUAGGUUUUCUUGAAAGCUUUGAGGGGACCCCUUUAAAUUCCUCUGAAAACCCAUUAUUUUUAAGCCAUAAAGUUUUAAACUUUUGAGCAAAUCAGACAAGUUUGUGGUGGUUUUAGGUGUUUUGAGAAUAUGUCACAAAUGGAAGCAGAAAAUGGUGAUUUCAAGUCAAAGAUGGAAGAUUAUGAAGUUAUUGAGCAGAUUGGUAGAGGAGCUUUUGGGGCUGCUUUUCUUGUUCUCCAUAAAACUGAAAAAAAGAAGUAUGUCAUGAAGAAGAUUAGAUUGAACAAGCAAACAGAGAAGUUUAAGAAGACAGCACAUCAAGAGAUGGAUUUGAUAUCCCGACUUAAUCAUCCAUACGUCGUGGAGUACAAAGAUGCUUGGGUGGAUAAGGCGGGAAUAUGCAUUGUGACAACUUAUUGUGAAGGAGGAGACAUGGCCGAGCUUAUACGUAAGGCUAGAGGAGCAUAUUUCCCAGAGGAGAAACUCUGCAAAUGGCUGACACAACUAUUAUUGGCAUUGGAUUAUUUGCACACUAAUCGUGUCCUUCAUAGGGAUUUAAAGUGUUCCAACAUCUUCCUCACAAAGGAGAACAACAUCCGUCUUGGUGACUUUGGACUUGCGAAACUACUCAACUCAGAAGACCUUGCUUCCUCGGUUGUCGGCACCCCGAACUACAUGUGUCCCGAACUCCUUGCAGACCUUCCUUAUGGCUAUAAAUCAGAUAUUUGGUCCCUUGGUUGCUGCAUGUUCGAGAUUUGUGCGCAUCAACAACCAUUUCGUGCUCCUGAUAUGUCAGGACUUAUCAACAAGAUAAACAGAUCCACCAUUUCUCCUCUCCCGAUCGUUUAUUCUUCAACUUUAAAACAGAUUAUUAAAACGAUGUUAAGGAAAAGUCCCGAACAUAGACCAACGGCUGCAGAACUUUUACGACAUCCACAUUUACAACCGUACCUCCUCAGAUGUCACAACCCGUCUUCUGUUUUUCUACCCGUAAAACCCCCAGGUAGCCCGAAUGAUAAAACCCCGAAAAAACAUUCACCCAUGAAACUAAACGAUGGAAAAGAGACACACGAGAGAGACGUACAAGUUUUAAGGCCGAAAGUACAGGUAACAAAGCAUGAAGAGAACGAUAACGGUGACACACAUGUUAGAAGUUUACGUAACAACCCGGUAUUCGCUGUUCUGGAAGAAGAAACCGAGACCAAGCGGGUGGACCCCACGAGUUAUUAUAACGAUAGCGGGGAAACAAGUUGUGAGACAACGAUAGUUUGCAAUGGAGACGGGCCUGAAAAUUCGGACUCGUUAAUACAAAAAGUCAGCACAAAGUCAAGCUCGUUGGAUCUUUCUAUCGGGGAACAAGAAGUGACGAGUCUUGAACUUUUUGUGAAACUUGAAAAGAGUAUUAUUAGUAAUGAGAACAUAGAUAACAUCUUGGACGCUUUUAGUGAGAAAGGCGAAUCUUUUGAUGAAGGAAACGUAUCUCCUCAAAUGGUCAUCUGUGAGGUGGAUACCGAGCAACCGAUAACCGUUGAACCCAAACCAAUCGAACCCGUUGACCAAGAAACAGAGAAGGGUGCAUCGGCUAACGAGCCACUAGAAACCACACUCACCUCAUCAGGUGAAAAUGAAACCAACUGCAAGACCGAAUGGCUAAACCCGACUCAACAAAGAGCCGUUGCAUUAGAGUCUUUACUUGAGCUAUGUGCCCGGUUGUUAAAACAAGGGAAGCUUGAAGAACUUGCUGCUGUUUUGAAACCGUUUGGUGAAGAAACAGUUUCUUCAAGAGAAACAGCGAUUUGGUUAACGAAAAGCCUCAUCGGUGCACAGAAAUUCGCAGACGGUUCUUGAAAUAUAUGAUUUAUGAGUUUUUGAAUAGUUUUUAUAGAGUUGUGUGUGUGUAUGUAUGAAUGGUUUUGGGUUGGAAACAGAGAAUUGAGUAGCUAGUCCUUUGACUUUUGUGGGGGUUGACUUCUUGAUGUAAAUACAUGACUACCCCCACACUUGCAAAGUCCUUCAUCUUACCUUUUUUGGGUGUUUGAUUGUUGGUGUGGAUUUUUUUCUUUCUUUUAUGGGUGUUGUGUAAGGGAGAUGGUGCAUCUUGUUCACAAAUAUUGUAUUUAUAGUAAACUAUUAUUCGCUUUGUUAA